AUGAAGUCGAGCGGAGCUUCCGCUGGCUCGACCCCGAAUAUAGCGCGCUACUACGCAGACGCAAACGCCAAUCGACCGCGCGAGUACUGGGACUAUGAGAAUUUCGUUGUGCGGUGGGGAGCGCCCGACGGCUACGAGGUGAUCCGCAAGCUUGGCAGAGGGAAGUACAGCGAAGUGUUCGAGGGUAUUUGCGUUGCGAGACCACAAGCCUCCGCAGCAGAAGAGCUGGCAGCUGCAGCGGCAGCAGGGGCGUCUUCGGCAGCCGUGGGAACUGUUGGCGGAGAGGAGCAGCAAAAUUCGAAUGCCAGGGAGAGCCUGGCCGUUGUUGGACAGCGCUGCGUCAUCAAAAUCCUCAAGCCGGUGAAGAAAAAAAAGAUUCGGAGGGAAGUGAAGAUCCUCCAAAAUCUCUACGGCGGACCAAACAUCAUCAAGCUGCUCGAUGUUGUGAAGGAUCCCCUUAGCCGGACUCCUGCACUGAUCUUUGAGUACGUGAAUAACAUUGACUUUAAGACCCUCUAUCCAACGCUGAAGGACUAUGAAAUUCGCUAUUACAUCUACCAGAUCCUGAAGGCCCUGGAUUACUGUCACAGCCAAGGGAUCAUGCACCGCGAUGUGAAGCCACACAACGUUAUGAUUGAUCAUGAGAAGCGGGAGCUGCGCCUCAUAGACUGGGGUCUUGCGGAGUUUUAUCAUCCUGGUCACGAAUACAAUGUACGGGUUGCGAGUCGAUACUACAAGGGGCCCGAGCUGCUUGUUGACCUCCAGGUUUACGAUUACUCUCUCGACAUAUGGAGCCUUGGAUGCAUGCUUGCAGGCAUUAUUUUCAAGAAGGAGCCUUUCUUCUAUGGGCAUGACAACUAUGACCAGCUCGUCAAAAUCGCGAAGGUUCUGGGGACGGACGGGCUCUACGCCUACCUGGAGAAGUACGAUUUGGAGCUGGAGAAGAAUUUCGCGCAGUUGGUGGGGAAGCAUACAAAGAAGCACUGGGGCCGCUUCAUUACGCCUGAGAAUCAGCACCUUGCAACUCCCGAGGCAGUGGAUUUGAUUGAUCAGAUGUUGGUGUAUGACCACCAAAUGCGGAUCCUCCCGAGGGACGCCAUGCUGCAUCCCUACUUCAGACCUGUUGUUGAGGAAGAGCAACGCAACGCGGCGGCAGCAGCAAUAGAGGCUCCUCGGCUGUAA